AUGUACAUUGACGCUUUAGUCCGCGUAUUUGCGGGCUUGCGUAGUAGAGAUAGUAAAUUACGUAAAGAGGCUGCACACGAAUUACAGCAAUUUGUGCGUCUAUCUCUAUUUAUCACCUGCAAUGCAGAGCUCAGCGCUGAGUCUGUAGCCAAACUACAAUCUGAGGUCAUGCGCAGAUUGUUCGAAUUAAUAAAUAGCAGCCAUCCACACGAAAAGCUCGGUGGAAUCGUCGCAAUUGAUGUACUCUUAGAUAUUGAAGUAGAGAAGCAGCGGCUAUAUAGAUUCUAUAACUACUUGAAACCCGCCCUCCCGUGCAAUGAUAUGAACGUCAUGAUAGCCGCAUCUCAGUGUUUAGGUCACAUCGCACGCGUUGGAGGUGCUUUCCUCGGUGAACAAUUCAUCGAUUUCGAAGCACCACGUGCGCUCGAGUUACUCACUGGAGACAGAUCCGAAAGCGGAAGAUAUGCCGCUGUCUUGAUUAUCAAAGAAUUGGCUCAGAAUAGCCCUGCCUUGUUUAACACCUUCGUCACAAGAGCGAUAGACCGCAUCUGGAUCGCCCUCAGAGACCCAAAAGUCACCAUUAGAGAAGCUGCAUCAGACGCACUAUCAGCUUGUUUGAUCAUCCUCGAGCGUCGCAAAGCACAGAAUAGAAAUGAUAUACAGCACUCAAUCUAUGCUAAAGCAGAAGCGGGCCUUAAAAUGAACACCAUCGAUACCAUUCACGCUUCUCUUUUAGUCUAUAGAGACUUGCUUUUACACGCAGGAAUGUUUUUGAAACCACGUUUCGGUGACGUUUGUGAUCUCAUUUUGCGCUAUAAAGAUCACAGAGAUUUCUUGAUUCGCAAGACUGUUAUUCUUCUGAUCCCAACCUUGGCAACCUACGAUCCACAGGCGUUCUCACAUACGAAACUCAGAAUGAGUAUGGGUCAUCUCAUGAGCGCAAUCAGAAAGGAAAGAGAAAGAACUGUAGCUUACAACGCCGUUGGGCACGUAUCAAGUGCUGUUGGAAGUGCUAUGAAGGAUUAUAUGGACAGUGCGAUGUUCACAAUCGACGAACAACUUCGUCAACGUUCAAAGAAGGGCUCAGUUGUACCAGAAGACGCAAUACUGCAAUGUUUGGGAAAACUUGCAGCCGCUAUCGGUCCAUCUCUAGCAAAGCAUGUACAUGAGCUUUUAGGGGAGAUCUUUAGCACUGAUCUGUCUGAAUCCUUAAUCAGCGCUUUGAGGGAUAUAGCCAAAUAUAUUCCACCAUUGCUCAAGACAAUUCAAGACAGAUUACUCAACAUGCUUUCCCUGAUACUUAGCGAUAGCCCCUAUAGGGCACUCGGAGCACCGCAACCUUCACGCUCACAAACUGUUGCUGCAAGGGAGCUGUCAAAAGUACAAGCAUCUGAAGCCAAGAAACCAGAAAUAAUUAAGCUGGCACUCCAAACAUUAGGCUCAUUCGAUUUCAGUGGUCAUAUUCUCAAUGAAUUUGUUCGCGACACCGCAUUGCCAUUUGUAGACGAUGACAAUGCUGAAAUACGGAAAGCUGCAGCUUUGACCUGCUCAAUCACUUUCAUUCAUGAUCCAGUUACUUAUCAGACAUCCACACAUGCUAUUGAAAUUAUAGGAGACAUGCUGGAUAAACUGAUGACCCUCGCAAUCGCUGAUCCUGAAUAUGAUAUCAGAUUAUCAGUUCUGCAAUCUUUGGAUGAGAAGUUUGAUAGACACCUUGCUCAAGCUGAGAAUGUUAGAUCCCUUUUCAUUGCACUCAAUGAUGAAGUUUUCGCUGUACGAGAGGUAGCAAUUAAAAUCAUCGGUCGCCUUUCAUGUCACAAUCCUGCUUAUGUUAUGCCCUCACUUCGUAAGGCACUCAUACAGCUACUCACUGAGCUGGAGUAUUCAACAGUCCGUCGUAACAAGGAAGAGAGCGCCAGGUUACUUGGUUUGCUAGUUAGUGCUUCCCAGAGAUUGAUAAAGCCAUAUGCAAAUCCUAUGAUGAAAGUUUUACUUCCGAAAGCAUCCGAUAACAGUUCAACAGUAUCAUCAAACGUUCUCCGCUGUAUUGGAGAAUUAGCUCAAGUUGGUGGAGAGGAACUGAUGAGUCACGUCGACAUUAUAAUGCCGCUCUUAAUUGAAACACUACACGAUCAAUCUUCACUAUUGAGAAGAGACGCGGCGCUCAAGACACUUGGCCAAUUAGUUUCAAACACUGGUUAUGUUAUUGAACCUUAUCUCAAAUACCCAGGUUUAUUGGAUGCUUUGGUAAAAAUCUUACAAACUGAUCAGACACCAUCGACACGCUCCGAAACCGUUCGUGUAAUGGGUCUGUUGGGUGCUCUUGACCCUUACAAACAUAAGGUUCUUGAUAAACCUGUGUCUGAUGUCACCACUGAGUCAGUCACUAUCUACCCUGCUGAUGUUGUCACUCCAUCUUCUAACGCUACUAACGAUGACUUCUACCAAACUGUCGCUUUCAAUGCUUUGGUCAACAUGAUUAAAGAUCCGUCCCUUAGUAAUCACCAUCACGCUGUCAUUGAAGCUAUUAUGAAUAUCUUCAAGACACAGGGACUCAAAUGUGUAUCCUACUUGCCUCAGAUUAUUCCGGCAUUCAUGGGUGUUAUAAGAUCAUGCGCGCCUUCCCUUCAAGAGUUUUACUUCCAGCAACUAGCUAUCCUUGUCAGCAUCGUCAAGCAUCACAUUAGAAAUUUCUUGACCGAUAUUUUGGAAAUGAUUAGAGAAUUCUGGAAUCCUAACUCAACUCUUCAGAUAACGAUUAUCUCACUCACCGAAAUACUCGCUAAAGCACUCGAAGGUGAAUUUAGAGUUCACCUACCAGUAUUGCUUCCGCCAAUGUUGCAAACAUUCGAUUAUGAGUUUUCCGACAAGCGUCAACCAACUCUUAUACGCAUUCUCAGGGCAUUUUCAGUAUUUGGAUCGAACAUUGAAGAAUACUUGCAUUUAGUCGUACCAGCUAUUGUCAAGACUAUUGAAAGACCGGAGGCAUCUGUACAAUUAAGAAAAUCCGCCAUUAUUACAAUCGGUCAGCUGUCGAGGCAAGUGAACUUCUGCGAUCACGCCUCAAGAAUUAUUCAUCCAAUCGUAAGAGUUCUAUCAUCGGGUCCUCCAGAACUGCGUAGUGCUGCAAUGGAUAUUUUAGCCGCGUUGGUUUUACAGCUCGGUCCUGACUUUGCUGUAUUCGUGCCAAUGAUUUCAAAAGUUUUACUCAAGCAUCGUAUUCAACAUGGUCCAUAUAACCAAUUUGUUAAUAUGUUGCUCAAUGGUGAAAGACUUCCACAGGAUUACAGUAUAUUUGACAACUUCACUACCGAAAAGUCGGAUGAGCAACCGCCAGUUGAGAACACAAAGUUGAUAGCCAACCAGCAGCACCUUAAGAAAGCAUAUGGUAUCGAAAAUGUUGAGCUUAUACAGAAUAGGGAGGAUUGGACCGACUGGUUGAGAAGACUUGGUAUUGAAUUCUUGAAGGAAUCACCAUCACAUGCUCUUCGUGCUUGCAGAGGUCUCGCUGAAGCACACCCACCGCUUUUAAGGGAGUUAUUCAAUGCCGCUUUUGUUUCCUGUUGGACAGACCUCUAUGAUCAAUAUCAAGACGAGCUUGGUAAGGCUAUGGAGAGAGCCCUCACCUCACCAUCUGCACCACCAGAUGUCGUUCAUACGUUGCUUAACCUAGCAGAAUUCAUGGAACACGACGACAAGCCACUGCCAAUCGACAUUCCUUUACUUGGUGAAUACGCUAUGAACGUCCAUGCAUAUGCGAAGGCCUUACACUACCAAGAGUUGGAGUUCCUCACUGAAGCGACACCUACCGUUAUCGAAAGCCUCGUUCAUGUUAAUACGAAAUUGCAGCAACAGGACGCCGCUUGGGGUACACUCAAAUACGCGAGGGAGCAACUCGAUAUCGUACAUCACGAAGAGUGGUACGAAAAGCUCGGUAGAUGGCAUGAAGCACUUGUUGCAUAUGCCGAGAAGGCUGAAAUUGAGGGUGAUUCACCAGAGGUUACGCUUGGUCGCAUGAAGUGUCUUCACGCCCUCGGUGAAUGGGAGCAAUUGUCUGACUUCGUCCAGAAUAAAUGGGUUAACGCUGGUCAUGAUGAGCGACGCGCAAUGGCACCACUUGCUGCAGCCGCCGCAUGGUCUUUGAAUAAUUGGGAAAUGAUGGACAAUUAUAUCACCGUCAUGAAGCAACAGUCACCAGAUAGGUUCUUCUACAGAGCUAUCCUCUCAGUACACGAUUCACAUUACCAAAAAGCCCUCCAUCAUAUCACGAAAGCACGUGAGUCGCUCGAUAGUGAACUUACGUCACUUGUCACCGAGUCAUACGGUAGAGCUUACAAUGUUGUCGUUCGUGUGCAGAUGUUGGCGGAAUUGGAGGAAAUUAUUCAAUACAAGCUCUUCUCUGAUCAGCCUGAUCGACAAGCCACGAUAAGGAAGACUUGGAUGAAGAGGUUGAAGGGUGCUCAGCCUGAUGUUGAAGUCUGGCAGAGGAUAUUGCAAGUGCGCACUCUUGUCUUAUCUCCAGCGGAAGACACUCAGAUGUGGAUCAAGUUUGCUAACUUAUGCAGAAAGUCUGACAGAAUGUUCUUGGCUGAGAAGGUUAUUAAUUCACUCCUUGGUCCAGAUCCAACAGGAUGGUCUAAUGGUUCAGUCCAAAAGGCACCUCCGCAGGUUAUCUACGCUCAUCUGAAAUUCAGCUGGGCAAAGGGCGCACAAGAUGAAUCACUCAAUUGGUUACGCGACUUUACGGCAUCUCUUUCGAACGAUCUCGGUUUGAAUCCUACCGAAAGCUCACGGGCAAUCGCAAAUGAAUACUAUAAGCAGGGCAAGAUUACCGAAUACAAGAAUCUGCUCGCUAGGUGUUAUUUCAAACAAGGUCAAUGGCAAGUUGCUUUACAGGAGGAUUGGUUCGUCAACGAUGCUGACGAUAUCCUCGGUGCAUUCUACCAAGCCACUCAACUGGAUCCUAACUGGUACAAGGCUUGGCACACAUUCGCAUUGGCUAAUUUCGAAGUAAUCGCCCAUCUCGAACACGCUAAUGAGGAUGUUGAGCCAGAAACUCUUGUUACGCAUAUUGUACCUGCCGUACAGGCGUUCUUCAAGUCCAUUGCCCUUUCUGGUGGUAAUUCACUCCAGGAUACACUCCGUCUGUUGACACUCUGGUUCCAAUUCGGUUAUCACGAAGACGUUUCAUCGACAUUAUCUCAAGGAUUCGCUACUAUUUCAGUAGAUACUUGGUUGGAAGUCAUACCGCAAAUUAUAGCACGUAUUCACGCUCCUAAUGCUAACGUAAGAAGGUUAAUUCACCAGCUCUUAUGUGCUGUUGGCAGAGCCCACCCACAGGCUUUGAUAUAUCCAUUAACAGUUGCAUCGAAAUCUCAAUCUCAGACACGUAAAGCAGCAGCACUCGCCAUUAUGGACCGCAUGCGCGAGCAUUCACCAAAACUGGUCGAACAGGCUGGCUUAGUAUCUAAUGAACUCAUCAGAGUUGCGAUCCUUUGGAAUGAAAUGUGGCAUGAAGGUUUAGAGGAAGCUUCAAGACACUACUUCGUACAUCACAAUCCAGCAGCAAUGAUAGAAACGCUCAAACCGUUACAUGACUUGCUCGACAGAGGUCCAGAAACAUUGCGAGAGACAUCCUUUGUCCAGGCCUUCUCAAGGGAGCUCAUGGAAGCGCGUGACUAUUGUAGGAAAUGGAAGCAUACGAAGCAUGCAGCGGACCUCAACCAGGCCUGGGACCUCUACUAUCCAGUGUUUAGGAAGAUAGAAAAGCAAGUGCACUCACUUACCGCGAUUGAACUCCAAUAUGUUGCACCACGUUUGCUGAGCGCCAAAGACCUCGAUUUGGCAGUUCCGGGUACUUAUCAAUCUGGAAGACCAGUUAUUCGAAUAGCUGCUGUUGUGCCAAAAUUGUCCGUCUUGCAGACUAAGCAACGUCCAAGGAAGAUGGAAAUUAAGGGUAGCGAUGGUAAAGAGUAUAUGUAUCUACUUAAAGGUCACGAAGAUCUUCGUCAAGAUGAACGUGCGAUGCAGUUAUUCGGUUUGGUCAACCUCCUUCUUUCAGUCAAUCCAGAGUCAUUCAAGCGUCAUUUAUCUAUUCAUAGAUUCUCAGUUAUACCAAUAUCGCCUAACUCCGGUUUAUUGGGUUGGGUACAGAACACUGAUACCAUGCACAUGCUCAUACGUGACUACCGAGAAACUAGGAAGAUAUUGCUAAAUAUUGAGCACAGACUGAUGUUACAAAUGGCUCCAGAUUAUGAUCAUUUGUGUCAUUUGAAUAAGUUGGAAGUAUUCGAGUAUGCUUUGGAUAACACAACAGGUCAAGAUCUCUAUAGAAUUCUCUGGUUGAAGUCUAGAAACAGUGAAGCGUGGUUGGAACGUCGUACGAAUUACACGCGUAGUUUGGCAGUUAUGAGUAUGGUUGGAUACAUCCUUGGUCUUGGUGAUAGACAUCCUUCCAACUUGCUGGUUGAUAGGAUCACGGGUGGCGUUAUCCAUAUUGAUUUCGGUGACAGCUUUGAAGUUGCUCAGCAUAGAGAUAAGUAUCCUGAAAGGAUGCCAUUUAGAUUGACAAGAAUGCUCGUUCUUGCUAUGGAGGUUUGCGGUGUAGAGGGAUCAUUCAAGCGUACUUGCGAUAUUGUCAUGAGUGUCCUCAGAAACAACAGAGACUCCCUGAUGGCUGUCCUGGCUGCAUUCGUUCAUGACCCACUCAUCAACUGGCGUCUCGAUGCAGAAAACAUUGGUUAG